AUGCCACGAGUGCUAAUCUUUUCAUUAGCAGAUCUCGGCACUGAUUUCAGACUUCUUAGACAUGUAAAAUCGUUUGCUAGUCAGCCAGAUUCUUACGUUUAUUUAGUUGGAAAAUGCAAAACUGUUCUUCCUUCAGAUAUUGAGCAAUUAGAUAAUGUUGAAAUCCGGCAAUAUCACUCAAAAUUGAAUGGCAUAUUCAACACAAGCAUAUUCUUCAUUCCAUUUUUACUAAUUUUCUCGUUCUUUCAAAUAAUCUUUUUAUUUUCAAACUUAGGCAAAAUAGAUUUUGUUUUAACAUCGACUACAAGAUUAUAUGUUAACAUUAUUAUUGCACGACUGAUACGAUUCUUUAAAAAAGCCAAAUUUAUUCUAGAAAUUCGUCCAUUUCAAUCAAUACCUAAUAAAUCUGGUCAAUUUCAAACAAGAUUAGAAACAUCUUUACCAGCAUUAGCAGAUAUUAGAAUUGUUCCUUCCAGAUCCAUGCAAGGAUAUUUACAAAUAAAAAAAAUAAAUAGUUCUAUAAUAAGAGAUAAUCCAGGAACAUUAUUUCAUCCUACAACGCAUCUUCGUAAAGAAAUCUCGCAAUUACUAGGAAUCACUCCAGAACAUGGUUUAAUUGGGAUUCCAAUUCUAUUUCAAGAAGAAAGCUAUAUUGAUUUUCUUAUAGAACUUAUUUCUAAAUCAGAAAACUUCAAUGUGCCACUUUGUUUUGCCGUUUUUGGCGGUGGAAAAAGUCAAAAAUCACUUGAACACAAAUUCCGACAAAUUCAUCCUAAAAACGUGAAAUUAUCUGUGCUCCCGAUGCUCGCAGAUGUUUAUCCGCAAGUCAUGGGUGCUUGCGACUUAGGUAUCUCUGUUUCUGGUGCAAGAUUGAUCCUCGAUGUCUCUCCAGAACUCAUAGAAAUGGAAUGGAGUUGUGUUCCAAUUGCUGUUUAUUUGAAAGGCUGUGUAAGAGAAGUUGUAUCUGAAUCUAAUGGUUUCUUCUUUACAAAUGUUGAUGAGCUUGUCGAAGUGAUCAGGAAAGUCUUUGUAAGUAAGGAAGUUGAUAUCAAUUCUAUGAAAGAAGACUGUAAAUCUAAACUCGUUCCUUGGGAUGAUGCUUGGAAAUCAGUAAUGUUUCCUUAUUUAGAUCAUAUCAAAAAGGAUUGA